CCAGAUGACAACCGAUGCUUGAAUAUCUGUGGAUGGCUCUCUUUAGAAAUCCACGGUUGGGAUAUACACCGAUGUCAAAUCAGAUGUGGGGGGUUGUUUUGUUCAGUAGAGAUCGAGUCAGUCUCUGGCGAUACAAUCAUGCGUAAAACACUCGCUUGAACUAUUUUACGUAAACUUGUGAACUGGCUUGCAAACGGUGUGUCACUUUCCAGUUGGAAACAGCUGCGACUUCCACUUGCACUGCGGCUGAUGUUAGCUCUUUGCCCUAUACACUCUUUGGUGUAAAUCAGCCAACAUGGCGGGCAGUGAGAAGUAAACGAGUUCUUUUGCAAAGCCGACGAUAAUAGCAAAAUGAGAGUCCCCCGUGGCUGGAUGGGACUCCGGCGGGCCUAUUUGGUUUGGCCAAUUCUCUUGCUGCUUUUGGUUGGUGCAGCCUUGACGGCCCUGCUGCCUGCUGCUGAAGACCGAGCAGGCGACGGUGUCCUGGGGGUGCUACGAAGGGCGACGUCCAAAAGGGAGGACUCCUUAUCGCCGGGCCAUCGUGUUGACAGCACCAGUGAGGAGGGUUUCACCAUCAUCAUCCAGACUUACAACCGCACAGACAUUCUGCUCAAACUCCUGAACCAUUACCAGGCAGUGCCUCACCUUCAGCAGAUCAUCAUAGUCUGGAACAACGUUGGAGAGCAGACCCCCCAAAAGCUGUGGAGCUCCCUGGAGCCCCAUCCUGUCCCUGUGGUGUUCAAGGAGCAGAAUACCAAUCGAAUGCGCAAUAGACUACAGCCGUUUCCAGAGAUUGGCACCGAUGCUGUACUGAUGCUGGAUGAUGACACCCUGGUCAGUGUUCCUGACAUCAGUUUUGCUUUCUCCGUGUGGAAGCAAUUUCCAGACCAGAUAGUUGGGUUUGUCCCUCGAAAACAUGUCACUGCAGGAGGAGUGUAUAGUUAUGGCAGCUUUGAGCUACAGGACCCCCAGUUGGGUGGAGGUGACAGGUACUCCAUGGUGCUGAUUGGUGCUGCCUUUUUCCACCACCGCUACCUGCAGCUCUUCCAGGAGCAGCCUCCAGCAGUACAUGUGCUGGUGGAUGAAACACAGAACUGUGAUGACAUUGCCAUGAACUUUGUUGUUGCACUGUAUUUGGGAAAACAGUCCCGGCCGUCAAGCUCUUCCAAAUCCAACAGUAACACAGGCAAACCCUCAGGAGUCUUUGUGAAGCCUGUGGACAUCCGCAACCUGGAGAAAGAUGCUAGCAGCGGGUAUGUGGGUAUGUGGCAUCGUCCUGAACACCUACUCCAAAGGUCCUAUUGUUUAAACAGGCUGGCACAGAUCUAUGGCACCAUGCCACUCUGCUUCUCCAACUUGAUGGUUUGCCAGUUUGGCUUCCCCAGUUAUGCCAACCAUAAGAGUAGGAGCUGAGGAGGACCUGUUUGGCCUGGAAAGUCUUUUACUGGCAUUGACAGAGUGAAGGUGGACCCAAGUAGAACUCAGAGCAAUGUCACCACAGCAUCAGCAGGACACCGAUGGACUUUUCAUUCUUUGUAGAACAGCAAGAAAGGUACAACAUUUUCCGCAGAUGCUCAGUCUAAUGAGACAUCAGCAUUUGAUAAUUUCUAUUAUUGCCAAAGCUGCCUUUACCUCAUCAUUUACAGCUGUAAUAGAGAAUUGCAGCACAGUUACUUUUGAAGCCAGCAGAUGUCAGUCUUAUAUCUGAUUUGACAAUUUGCCUGUUUGUUUUGCAAUGCAAUCCCAUGGAAACCCUGAAUUUAACCGGAGUUAACUCUAUACUCUAUAGAAUUUUGCUUUCGAGUUGAGUUUGUUUAGACAUCAUCCCUGUAAACUCAUUAAGUGCAACAGAGUGAAUUUUGCCAAUCAUAGCUAACCUUCAAGUUAUAUGAGCUGUAGAUGGUUAUCUGAUUUCUUAAAUUGACAUUUUUCUUUUGUUUUUUUCUUUAUUUUGCUUUUAGUUUGUCUGCUUGGUAAGAAUCUUUGUGACAAUAAUUGUUCAUGCUUGCUCAAAGUCAGUAAGCACUGCGCCAAAAUGACUAAAAGUUUGUAAGUGUUUUUCUGUAACUUUAUGUCUGUUAUGCUUAGGAACAUAUUGUUGGUGUUUUUUCAGUGAAUCAAGUUACUUAUUUUAUUUCUUAGUGGAAUUAUAGGAUGCAAUCAUUUUAUUAAUUAGGAAGGUGUAAGUCUCAAAAUCACAUCUAAAUAAAAACCAGAUUCCUGAGGUGUUUUGAAUGAUUGAAUAAUCAAAUGUUGAGCCAAAUCCAGCAACCACAAUAAAUCUUGCACCUGCCACAGAAGUAUCUGUUCAGCCCUUGUGGUCGUAUGAUGUGCCUACACAUGUGCCAAACACAGGAAUGAACUUGGCUCCCAUCAAAUCUGUGCAGAGACAAUCUGUUUACAGAACACCUGUGGAGCUGUAAAAGGUCUGAACAGCUAUGUGCAAGGUAGGGUCUUUAUGCUUGGGGCUCUAAGUUGGGACAGUGGGUAGGUAUCGGUUCAGUGGUUGAAAUGUUUCUGCCUACUACUCUCAAUACUCAUGUAGACAAUCGUCAUUAAUACAUUCGCAGAUUUGCAGGGUUUUUCCAUGUUAUUAAGUAAGUUUAUAUGGUCACAUUGCAAGGAGGCUUGAUGACAUUCCUCGUGAAAGUUAAGAUUGUUUCCUCACCAAAUCAGAAGGCUGGGUGUCUUUUUUUUUUCCAUAAAGUUGGGUAUAACCUGUUGAACUUCUAAAAAAAAAAAUAAUAAUAAUAAAAAAAAACACUUUACACAUACAUACCAAAGAGAGACUGUAUAGUGACUGUGGGGCUCAGGGAGACAUGGGAAAACCCACUUAGAUUAAACUCUUGGAAUUUAUAGAAAUGUUCAUCUUAAUAGCAUUCCCUUAGUUUCAUGGCCUCCAAUCCAAAUUAAGGAAAUGUUAUUUCACCAUCAAU